AUGAAUUACUGGAGACUCAAAGAUCCGAGUAAAGGUCAUGAAAGUCUCAGUUCAGAUGAUAACUUCCAAAACUCAAUUAUUUUACAUUACCCCUGCUCUUCAAAUAAUGACUGCACAUACUACCAAUCAGUUUUAUUACCAGGUGUAUACAAAUUUAAAGUUUGGGGCGCUGAAGGCGGCGAUGGAUUGGCAAAUGGCGCUUUCUCUCGUCAAACCGGAAAGGGUGGCUACUCGAUUGGCGCUUAUAUAGUUAAUCAGACAGUAAAUGCGUACGUUUUCGUUGGUGGAAAAGGUGAAGAUGCAACUGAUCCAUCAACUCGACCUGCAAAAGGCGGAUAUAACGGUGGUGGUGAUUCACCACAGGAUACAGAUCCAAGCAAUAAUAAUGAUGCAGGGGGCGGGGUGGUGGUGCCACUGAUAUCAGAAUCGGAAAUGAUGAUUUAG